AGAUUCAUACGUUCAGCACAUCACUGGACCACUGUACACAAGCUGAUCAAAUUUUGUCUUCGGCAGAAUGAAGAUCGCAAUUUGCGUACUGUUUGCCAUCUGUAGCGCUGUAAGCGGAUCUGGAGGAUACGGAGGUUAUGGAGGAUACGGAGGUUAUGGAGGAUAUGGUGGUUAUGGAGGAUAUGGUGGUUAUGGUGGUUAUGGAGGUUAUGGAGGUUAUGGUGGUUAUGGAGGUUAUGGUGGUUAUGGAGGUUAUGGUGGUUAUGGAGGUUAUGGAUAUGGAAAGGGCAAAGGAUAUUAAAAACAGACUCUCACCAAAAACGGAAAACGAAUGAUAUUGUUUCUUAAUAUUCUGAUAUAAAAUAUAAUCGUUGCAUUCAA